GAAAGUCCAGAUCAUCUGCAAAGUGUUUGGGGAAGUGGAGCAGACAGAUGUCAUCUGAUUCAGAGAUGGAGGACAAUAGUAAUAACUCAGUAAAGAAUAAGAAUAAGAAAGCUAAGUCUAGCACCUUAAGACGUGGAAGAUGCAGUGUGAAGACAACAUUGAGAGAUACAAUGAAAAGGAGAUUUAAAAGUAGACGGAAACUUGUCAAAGUCAGGUCUGCUGAAAACACUUCUCUAGAUUUCCCUGUUCAUCUCCAAGAUUUCCUUGAGAAAAUGUAUAUGAUAUUUUUUUUGGAACCGGCGUUUGAUGAGGAAGACCCAGAGCUGGAGAGAUUUGAGAUUGCCUUUAGUUGUGAACCAGAGAAACUAUGGCAAGGCCUCCCCAAUUUGGGAAAUACUUGUUAUAUGAAUGCAAUUUUACAGUCCCUAUUUUCCAUUCCAUCAUUCACUGAUGAUUUACUCGGCCAGGGUCUCCCAAGAAGUCACAUUCCCUUUGACACUCUGAGCAUGUGCUUAGUACAACUGCUAAUUUUGAAAAGUAUUUACGACAUCAGAAUCAAGGAGAAGUUACUUAUGAUCAUUAAGGAUACCAUUUCAGCAAUUGUAGAAGUAUAUUCGGGCAACAUCCAGAAUGAUGCUCAUGAGUUUUUAGGUCAUUUUUUAGAUCUCAUGAAAGAUAUGGGGAAAUUAAACACCGAUCAAGAGUUUGAAAGUGGAUCAGAGAAUAAAACAGAAUGUACACAGGACUUUAUUGGCAAAGCUGCCCCUAGUGUACCCAUUUGUCCUGUCAUCACUAAUUUUGAGUUUGAAUUACAACGCUCUAUUACUUGUAAAUCCUGCAGUCAAGUUGUUCUCAAGAAAGAACUGAGUAAUUACCUUUCUGUCAACCUUCCUCAAGGACCAAAAGCACAUCCUUUGUCUAUUCAGUCUACAUUUGAACUUUUCUUUGAAGCAGAAGAGCUUGAGUAUAAAUGUGAGAAAUGUAAAUACACUCAUUCUUCUGGAGUGCACAAGUUUAGCAGAUUACCAAGGGUCCUUAUUAUUCAUUUGAAACGCUAUGUCUUUGGUGAGUUCUGGUCACUAAUGAAGGAUGGACAGGAAGUUGUUAUUUCCAAGUACAUCGAUUUAUCUCCCCAUUGCAAUGAAAGCACAAAGCCACCUCCUCCCUUGAGCAAGUCUGCACAUAUUCAGGAUUCACAGAUUUUUAAAUUCUUUAAAGAGAUGAAUUCUCAAGCCAUUCAGUCAGGAAAACCUUCAAGGAAGUCGAACUCAAAAGCCAAGUAUUCACAGGCUUCAUCCAGUGCAUCAUCAGAGAAAGAACCUAUACCUCAAAGAAGCCAGAUUCUCACAAGAAGGUCAUUCAGAGAACUACAGCAAAAAGACCUGGAGAAAUGCUCUAGAUUAAACACAGUAGACUCGGUAAACACAAUAGGCAGAAAAGACACCAAGGAAGAACUAUCAGAGGUUACCUCAGGUGACACCUUUCGUCUGAUUCCUGAAGAUGAAGAGAGAUUCACCAGAACUACAGGUCCAUAUUUUACGGAUUUUUGUUUUCAAGAAAUGGAGGAAAAGUCAAAGCCAAAGAAAUACAAUGAUACCAAUAUGCUUGUAGAGUUUGAUUUUACAUGUCCUGAGAGUACUGAUGAUUUCUAUGAGGCCAAAAUCCAAACAGUGACUCAAGAUGAGAAACAGCUACAGCGGAUGAGAGUCUAUGAACAAGCCCUUCGGACAACAUUUUUUCAAAGCCUGCCGGACUCAGGUUCACUGUGGUACACAGAGGACCUCAAAAAAUCUACAAAACUAACUCUGCAGGAGUCCGAUAUAAGUGAAAUAUCUGCAUUAGAUUUUGAUAAAAGCACUGAAAACAAAUACCUUUCUGGUAUGGAGAAGGCAGAAGCUGAGGAAGCAAAACUUGAUGAUAUGGGAAAUCAUGCCUAUAGGCUCAUUGGUGUUGUCAGCCAUCUUGGGAGUACUCCCCACUCAGGUCAUUAUAUUGCUGAUGCAUAUGACUUUGAGAGGCAGUCCUGGUUCACAUACAAUGAUCUGCAGGUGUCAAGCAUCCAGGAGGCCCCAAUGCAGGAGGCAAGACUUUCCACUGGAUACAUCUUCUUUUAUAUGCACAAUGAGAUCUUCGAAGAGCUUUUGGAAAGGAUACAGAGCUCCUAG